AUGUCUUUCAAGCUUCAAGGAACAUUCAUCUGCUCCCUUUGCAGCAAGUUCUGUGCAACACACUCUAAUUAUGGUUCACAUCUAGCUAUGCAGCAUCCCUAUGACAUAGCUCUUGUUUUCAAAGGAGAUACCCAACCUUUCCUACAUCAGACAAGGCUGGGACCCCAUUCCAAAUUCACCUGUGUGUCAGGAUGUCCCUUUACCAGCACCAAGCAUCUCCCCAUGUUGGCUCAUGCUGCAUCCCAUGUCAGAGAGUUAUCCAAUGAAGAUUUGAUCAGUCUUGAUCCCAAAGAUGAGCCAGAAAGACAACAGAUCCUCUAUAUCCCAGAUCAAGACCAAAACAAGUACCACAUCCCUCUCAACCAAGAACCAGUCCUGACUACCCAUGGUCUGGCCUAUCAUUCUAUCCUUCAAGUCUUCAUCUGCACCAUCUGCAAGAAUGGUGUCAGAGGUUCCCAUCUCUUGGCUCAUUGUCAACAACACUCUCUUCCCACCACCCCUCAAGAUAUCCUGGACAUCCUGGCUACCUACACCCCUCACACUGGGAGUCACCCUCCACUCCCCAGCUUUACCAACAGUCAGCCCAUGGUAGCCCUACCUUUACUCCCCAUCCAAGAGGGGUUUUCAUGUCAUCUCUGCAGAUUCUGCUGUCCUGCUCUCAACACCAUGAAAAACCACUUUUCCAGACAACACAAAGGCAACCCUUACAAGGAUCAUUCCUCAAACACCCAGCUACAGUGUCUAUACUCUCAAGGGACCAGGGUAUUCUUCCCAGUUCAACAACCAGACCAUGCUAUUGUGGGAGACACACUCUACUCCAGAUUCCUGCAAUCUCUACCUCCUCAGCCCAAGACACAACCCAUUGAGGCUUUGGGAGAGAAGGAGUAUUCUCCAUUGAUGAGGAGGCUUGGGUGGAUGAGACAUGUGGAGGGGCAUGAUCCAGUACUGCUUUCCAGUUUGGUAGCUGGGCCCAGGGUGGAUGAAGAGCAUCUUCACAGGCUGAAGAGAAUGGUCAAGGGGUAUUUCAAAGAGGUGGAGGAGGUUGUCAAGAAGACUCCAAAUGAGGUGAUCCUCCAGUGGUUGAACACUGAUUCCAAAUACAACCAUGAUCCUUACAAAGCACUGCAGAACCCUGAAAGCUUCCAGAAAUACACAACCUUUUUCAGCAGGCUGUUCUGUUUCCUGCUCAGAGUGGUAAAGGGAGAUCACCCUUCCUAUGUGCUUCCCCUCACCUCUCAACAGCAAGCAUUUUGUCAAGAUCUCCACUUGGUCCUUGAAGAUGGAGAAGACCAGGAAAGGUUCAACCCCAUCUUCCAUGCUCUGGCACACUCACUCCUCACAUUCUCUCCUCCUCAAGCUGUCAGGGAUCCACACCAGUAUGCUCUCAUCUGUUUCCACACCCUAGUCAACCUCCUACCAGAUGGACAUUUCUGUGGACCAAGGGACAUGACCCCCAAGCUGGCAAUGCUUCAAUGGGGGUUCAAAGGAGUUGUAAUGAGACAAAUUCAAGCCAGGUUGGACGAGGAGGGAGACUGGCUCUCUAGUGAGGAGUUGGAGAGUCUGAUCAGACAGGAGGUCUCAGUUCUCCAUGCAGGUAGACUAUCACCAUUCUCAUCACUGCUGUCCAGCAAGGCCCUCAUCAACCACAUGGCAUUCAGUCAGCCAGACCUGCCAAAUGUGUACUGGAGGAACACACAGAAGACCCUUUUGGUGGUGAAUGGUGAGAGACUGGAAUUGGAGAACCUCAAGGAGGGCAUUCACAGGCUGGAAAAGGACAUGACUGAAUACUUUGAAGAAAACCUUCUCCUCAAUCUGCCACUGGCACAUUUUCCCUGCCCUCCAUUGGGGGAGAUUGUGGACCAUCCAAGUCUGGAUGAAGGGGGAUAUAAUUUUGUGGAAGAGGAGACCAACCCAUUCAAGGCAAGCAGGUGGAGGUUGGUGCAGCAUAUAUUGGAAGAUGAGGAACAAUCAGUGGUAUUCACCCAAGGUCUCCUAGACAAAGUGCCCUUAUGGAGAGUGGACCAGCUUCACCAGUAUCUCCAAAA